AUGAUUAGUAAGGAGCGAACUUUGGAUAAGGAUUAUGACACAAUUAAAAUACAACACCGAACCUUAUUCUUAUCUUCUUCCUCUUCGGAAAAACGAUCACAUAAUUUUAAUUUUAAUUUAAAAUUAUAAUUGUUGAAAUUUUAAUUUUAGUGUUUUGAAACCUUACAAAAUCCAAAUCCAAAUCCCUUUCAUUUUUCUAGGCACAGCCAAUUUUCCCAAUUUUGGGGAAACAGAUUCAUAAAUUGAAUCAAUUUAGGGUUAAUUAUCUAGUGUUUCAGCAAUAUUCUCAAAUCUUCAAUAGGUUAGAUAUGUCAAAAAGUGCGAAGAAAUUGGGAAAAUUGAUUUCUUUGGUUUCGAAAAGGGGUUUUUCUACAUCAAGCAUUCAGAAAGAUGCUGCUGAUAAUGGUGUCAAAUCAUUGAACCUCUAUUCCGCCAUUAAUCAAGCUCUUCAUAUUGCCUUGGAUACUGAUCCUCGUGCUUAUGUUUUCGGAGAAGAUGUUGGCUUUGGUGGGGUGUUUCGUUGCACCACUGGAUUAGCAGAUCGAUUCGGGAAAAAUAGGGUUUUCAAUACUCCUCUAUGUGAGCAGGGCAUCGUUGGCUUUGGUAUUGGUCUAGCAGCUAUGGGAAAUCGAGCCGUAGCAGAAAUCCAGUUUGCAGAUUAUAUAUUUCCUGCUUUUGAUCAGAUUGUCAAUGAAGCUGCUAAAUUCAGAUAUCGGAGUGGAAACCAAUUUAAUUGUGGCGGUUUAACAAUUAGAACCCCUUAUGGAGCUGUUGGCCAUGGUGGACACUACCACUCUCAAUCUCCUGAGGCUUUCUUCUGUCACGUGCCUGGUAUCAAAGUGGUCAUCCCUCGUAGUCCAAAGGAAGCGAAAGGGUUAUUGUUAUCUUGCAUACGUGAUCCGAAUCCUAUUGUAUUUUUUGAACCAAAGUGGCUUUAUCGUUUGGCUGUUGAAGAAGUACCGGAAGAUGAUUACAUGUUGCCAUUAUCUGAAGCCGAGGUGAUUCGGCCAGGAAGCGAUAUUACACUUGUUGGUUGGGGAGCUCAAUUAUCUAUCAUGGAACAAGCUUGUAUUGAUGCAGAAAAGGAGGGAAUUUCUUGUGAAUUGAUAGAUCUGAAGACACUAAUUCCUUGGGAUAAAGAAACAGUGGAGGCAUCAGUAAAGAAGACAGGAAGACUUCUUAUUAGUCAUGAAGCUCCUGUGACUGGUGGUUUUGGCGCUGAAAUCUCGGCUUCAAUUCUUGAACGCUGCUUCUCAAGGUUAGAGGCUCCUGUAGCAAGAGUUUGUGGCCUAGACACUCCUUUUCCUCUGGUUUUUGAACCCUUCUACAUGCCAACCAAGAAUAAGAUAUUGGAUGCAAUUAAAUCAACUGUCAACUACUAAUGUGCUUGCAUUCAGUGAUGCAUUGGUGUGAUGCAAACUUGCAUAGAUUUGGGAGGAAACUCAUUCAUGGUGGCUUUCUCUCCAAAUGUAAACUGCAUAGAUUUGGGAGGAAACUCAUUCAUGGUGGCUUUUUCUCCAAAUGUGAAAUAAAACAAGGUCAACAAAAGAAUAAUGUAUAGUAAUGGGAAAUGUCUCAAUUGUGAAUCCUCCUUCAACAAAAGAAUUUUCAUAUGCUGAAUUGUACAUUAAAUAAUGAUGAUGAUUAUUUUUGUA